CGCCCAGCACCGAGAGGUUUGAGGCGGCUCCUGGCGUCGCCCAGAGGGAGCGACUGAGCAAACGGAGUCCGGCGCGGGCGGCGGCGGCGGCGGCGGGCGGGUGGCGAGGGGGAGCCGCUACGAGUGCCCUCGCUCCCCGCCGCUUUCGAUGAACCGGGCGAAAUAAGCCGCGCCUCUAGCAGGGGCUGCGCCUCCAUGAAUCCCUAGUUGUUUUUUUUUUUUUUUUCCCUUUCUCUUCCCCGAUCCUCACCCCCCACCCCGGGUCCCGUCCCGCCUUCUCCCUUCGCCAGCCGCGGCCGCGUCCAGGUGCGGAGUCCAGAGCGGAGCGCCAUGGCGUCCAACCCCGAGCGAGGGGAGAUUCUGCUCACGGAGCUGCAGGGAGAUUCCCGAAGUCUUCCAUUUCCUGAGAAUGUGAGUGCUGUUCAAAAAUUAGACUUUUCAGAUACAAUGGUGCAACAAAAAUUGGAUGAUAUCAAGGAUCGAAUCAAGAGAGAAAUAAGGAAAGAACUGAAAAUCAAAGAAGGAGCUGAAAAUCUGAGGAAAGUCACAACAGAUAAAAAAAGUUUGGCUUAUGUAGACAACAUUUUGAAAAAAUCAAAUAAAAAGUUAGAAGAACUACAUCAUAAGCUACAGGAAUUAAAUGCACAUAUCGUUGUAUCAGAUCCAGAAGAUGUUACAGAUUGUCCAAGGACUCCAGAUACUCCAAAUAGUGACCCUCGCUCUUCUACCAGCAACAAUAGAUUGAUGGCCUUACAAAAACAAUUGGAUAUAGAACUCAAAGUAAAACAAGGUGCAGAAAACAUGAUACAGAUGUAUUCAAAUGGAUCUUCAAAAGAUCGAAAACUCCAUGGUACAGCUCAGCAACUGCUACAGGACAGCAAGACAAAAAUUGAAGUCAUACGAAUGCAGAUUCUUCAGGCAGUCCAGACCAAUGAAAUGGCUUUUGAUAAUGCAAAACCUGUGAUAAGUCCUCUUGAACUUCGGAUGGAAGAAUUAAGGCAUCAUUUUAGGAUAGAGUUUGCAGUGGCAGAAGGUGCAAAGAAUGUAAUGAAAUUACUUGGCUCAGGAAAAGUAACUGACAGAAAAGCACUUUCAGAACAAUUGUCUUUUCUCCUCUGCAAGGCUCAAGCAAGAUUUAAUGAGUCAAGUCAGAAGUUGGACCUUUUGAAGUAUUCAUUAGAACAAAGAUUAAAUGAACUUCCCAAGAAUCAUCCCAAAAGCAGUAUUAUUAUUGAGGAGCUUUCACUUGUUGCAUCACCAACACUAAGUCCACGUCAAAGUAUGAUAUCUACACAAAACCAGUAUAGUACACUGUCCAAACCAGCAGCAUUAACAGGUACCUUGGAAGUUCGUCUUAUGGGCUGCCAAGAUAUCCUAGAGAAUGUCCCUGGACGAUCAAAAGCAACAUCAGUUGCUCUACCUGGUUGGAGUCCAAGUGAAACCAGAUCAUCUUUCAUGAGCAGAACGAGUAAAAGUAAAAGCGGAAGUAGUCGAAAUCUCCUAAAAACUGAUGACUUGUCCAAUGAUGUCUGUGCUGUGUUGAAGCUAGAUAAUACUGUGGUUGGUCAAACUAGCUGGAAACCCAUUUCCAAUCAGUCAUGGGACCAGAAGUUUACACUGGAACUAGACAGGUCACGUGAACUGGAAAUUUCAGUUUAUUGGCGUGAUUGGCGAUCUCUGUGUGCUGUAAAAUUUCUGAGGUUAGAAGAUUUUUUAGACAACCAGCGGCAUGGCAUGUGUCUCUAUUUGGAACCCCAGGGUACUUUAUUUGCAGAGGUUACCUUUUUUAAUCCAGUUAUUGAAAGAAGGCCAAAACUCCAAAGACAGAAGAAAAUUUUUUCAAAACAACAAGGCAAGACAUUUCUCAGAGCUCCUCAAAUGAAUAUUAAUAUUGCCACUUGGGGAAGGCUAGUGAGAAGAGCUAUUCCUACAGUGAAUCAUUCUGGCACCUUCAGCCCCCAAACUCCUGUGCCUGCUUCAGUAGCAGUGGUUGAUGUACGCAUCCCUGAGUUAGCACCUCCAGCUAGUGAUUCUACAGUAACCAAAUUGGACUUUGAUCUUGAACCUGAACCUCCUCCAGCCCCACCUCGUGCUUCCUCUCUUGGAGAAAUCGAUGAGUCUUCUGAGUUAAGAGUUUUGGAUACAGCAGGACAGGAUUCAGAAACUGGUUUUGAUAUUGAGAAUGAUAGAAAUAGUAUACUUCCAAAAUCUCAAUCUGAAUAUGAGCCUGAUAUUCCUCAAUCAGGCCUAGAAUAUGGUGACAUUCGAGAACUUGAGAAUAGCAGAUCUCAGCAAAGGUUUCAGUUUAAUCUACAAGAUUUCAGAUGCUGUGCUGUCUUAGGAAGAGGACACUUUGGAAAGGUGCUUUUGGCUGAAUACAAACACACAAAUGAGAUGUUUGCUAUAAAAGCCUUAAAGAAAGGAGACAUCGUAGCUCGAGACGAAGUAGACAGCCUGAUGUGUGAAAAAAGAAUUUUUGAAACUGUGAAUAGUGUAAGGCAUCCCUUUUUGGUGAACCUUUUUGCAUGUUUCCAAACCAAAGAGCAUGUUUGCUUUGUAAUGGAAUAUGCUGCCGGUGGGGACCUAAUGAUGCACAUUCAUACUGAUGUCUUUUCUGAACCAAGAGCUGUAUUUUAUGCAGCAUGUGUAGUUCUUGGGUUGCAGUAUUUACAUGAACACAAAAUUGUUUAUAGAGAUUUGAAAUUGGAUAACUUAUUGCUAGAUACAGAGGGCUUUGUGAAAAUUGCUGAUUUUGGUCUUUGCAAAGAAGGAAUGGGAUAUGGUGACAGAACAAGCACAUUUUGUGGCACUCCUGAAUUUCUUGCCCCUGAAGUAUUAACAGAAACAUCCUAUACAAGGGCUGUAGAUUGGUGGGGCCUUGGUGUACUUAUAUAUGAAAUGCUUGUUGGUGAGUCUCCCUUUCCUGGAGAUGAUGAAGAGGAGGUUUUUGACAGUAUUGUAAAUGAUGAAGUAAGAUAUCCAAGGUUCUUAUCUACCGAAGCCAUUUCCAUAAUGAGAAGGCUGUUAAGAAGAAAUCCUGAGCGGCGUCUUGGAGCUGGUGAGAAAGAUGCGGAGGAUGUAAAAAAGCACCCAUUUUUCAGGCUAAUUGAUUGGAGUGCUCUGAUGGACAAAAAAGUAAAGCCACCAUUUGUACCUACUAUCAGAGGACGAGAAGAUGUUAGUAAUUUUGAUGAUGAAUUUACCUCAGAAGCACCUAUUCUGACUCCACCUCGAGAACCAAGGAUACUUUCAGAAGAGGAGCAAGAAUUGUUCAGAGAUUUUGACUACAUUGCUGAUUGGUGUUAAGUUACGAGACACUGUGAAACCAAGCGAACUGACUCACAAGAAGACCUCUUAAGAAUAGCAACCCUUCAUUUGCUCUCUGUGCCACCAAUAGCUUCUGAGUUGUUUUUUAAAACACAUGAAGAUUUGUUUAAAAGCACUGUUUUAAUACCUUCAUGAGAAGUGGCUUCUCAAAUUUUUUUCUGAGCACUGGAAGCAGAUUUGAGGAGUUUAAGCUGAAAGAACAUUGGCCAUGAAAAUCCAUCACAAAUGAAUACUUUUGGAACAAUAGUCUAUUUAAAAAGAAAGAAAGAAAGAAAGAAAGAAAGAAACCACUCUUUCAUAGUCCCUAGCUUUGCCAUAUGCCUGCCUUAAGUGGAAAGAAGAUUAAUCACUUAACUUGUGUUUUACAAACAGAAAACAAAAAUGGCUUGGAAUGCUAUUAUUGUUCAUACAAAGUAUGAUUAUGUUUGAAUAAGGCAAAUGCUCUUAUUUUUAAAAAAUUACUGUUAUAUCAAAAAAUCUGUAGUGGCAAUUUGUGCACAUUUUGAGGCUUAAUUUUUUGAAAAACAAAAUGAAUUGAUAUCUUGUUUUAUAAAUUUUCUAUAUUUAUUAGGAGAAAAAUUUUUAUUGCCUUACACUUUAUCAACCAUGUAGUAGAGCCUCAUAGCUUUCCAACAGAGCUACUUGCCAAACAGUUUAUUUUUUAUUAAACAAUGCUGAAAGAAACAAUCAGCAUUUCCUUAAAUUGUUCAGAAUAAGGACUUCUAAUCAGCCUGAACCAAUAUAUACUAUCUUACCUCUAUGCAUUCCCAAACUCUAGACACCCAAUAUAUUCAGUCAUAUCUUCUUCCAGAAUCAGUGAACUGACUACCCCUUUUUUGAUACUUGUUCUGCAUUUAUCAAUCUAGUUCAUGUGUCUGCUGUAGAAGGGAACUAUAUCAUUGUUAAACCAUAGGAUUAUCAUUGUAUACAUGCUGUGAACAUGUAUAUGUACAAGUUGUAAUGUAUUCUAUGUUGUAGGCUUAUUAUUUAAUUUCACUACUUCAUCACUUUUGUACAGUGGCCAAGCAUACACCUCAAACUCCAGCAUUUACAUUAAGUGCAUUUGUACAUUUUAGGCCACUGGAUCCAGAUUUUAUAUUGGCAGUUACUGAGGGCAAAAGCAAUAUAUUGUAACAGAAUGUAUAAAUAUUUUUGAUAAAACAGUCUAUAUUUUAUAAAAAUAUUAUAACACUAAAGCUGUACCUCAAAAGUCUCAAAAAUAAUUUGAUCAAAUACUUUUGACAACUCUUCAGAGGAUCCGUUUGUGGCUUUUUUCACUCGUAUAGGGAUGUCUUUUUGUAAACCAUGAAUUUCCACUUGCUUGGAGGUUUGGUGUUUUUUUUUUGUUUUGUUUUUUUUGUUUGUUUUUUUUUUUUUUUGGUUUUUUUGUUUAGUUUGGUUUGGUUUGGUUUUGAAUUUUUUACUCUUACUUCAUGAUUUCAUUGUUUCUUUUGUUCAAUAACAACAUCUUUGAUCCUGUGCUUAGCAUAUUAGGGUCUUUAUACCUCAGGAAUACCUACCUGCUAAUUAACCAUAUUGGAUUAAUCAUUUAAUCACAGCGGACUCAUCUGUUAAAAAAUUAUUCAGUUUAAUCUUGUGAGAAACAUGAAAGCACAGGGAGUUGAGCUAAAAACAUUUACAAAUAUUUCAACUUUGCUUGAAUGCAUUGGUGUGUUUUUAAUUGUACUCUGUGAACAAUUAAAAUUGUCCAGAGAUACUUCCUGUUAGCUUCAAAAUUGAUUAUUACCCAAGGUCCUGUGGGAGAAUAUCUUGUAGGAAGAAGAACAAUGUGUUGAUUAAAGUUAUUUUAAAAUGCCAGUUAACUUCCUUGGCAAAAGACAGUAGAGGAACUUAGCAUAAUUGGCUUAAAUUUAAACAGUGUUAACAUUAAACUCAUAAAACACUAAAUACUUUUGAGGUACAGUCUGCUCACCUUUGCUGGUUCUCAAAUAUGCAUAGAAAGCAAUGUCUAAAAUAGGCUUUUAGCAUUAAAAACUGACAUAACAUUUUGUAACUACACAGUGUACAGAAACUUUUUUUAAAAAUUGAAGUCAAUCACUAAAAAAAUUAGAGGGCAGGGUAUAUUCACACAAUUAAGCUGAAGAAAGCACUAAUUUUCUCUGUAGUUUUUAAAAUAUAUAUAUUUUAGAUUUAAAAUUUUAAGCUCUAUAGAGUGUAAAUAUAUUUUGCUAUUACUGUAUGUGUAUGUGACUGCUCAAGCACUUUGUAAGGAAAUUAGGAUAUUUUAGAAUGGUACACUAUGCAUUCAAAUGAAAUGUGCCUUUAACUCUGUCAUUCUAAGAAAAAAGUGUUUUGCAGUCAUAAAUUUCCCACAAGUGCACAAAUUAAAUAGAUGGAAUUUGUAACUUUGGUUUUAAGUAUUAUUUCCUUUUAGAAACUUCCUGGUGAUUAAAUAUGUGUUAGAUUUAUUAUGUUCAAAAUGGCAAAGAUUGAUUACUUUAAAUUUGCCUUCUCACAAGUACUUUCUUGUCCUGGGGAAGGCUUUAAAACCAUGAAAAUUCAAAACAAAUUGUCCGUUUUCACUGGGAACAAUGGAGAAAAUUUGUAUUUCAUUUCUGUAAAGCAAUUAGCAUCUUUCAUUUGAUGGAUAUUUAUGGAAUAACCACAUAGCUAGACUCUGAGUAUAAGAAGGUGGAAAAAAGAAAGCAACAAGAGAUCAUGAAUGAAGAACAGCUUGCAAUAAUAUAAAAUUCAAGUACCAAAUACUGUAUGUAGUUUUCUGUUGAGGUUAACAUAUUUAAAUUUUGGACCCCAUUUUCUAGAAAAUAGGCAAGUGACUAAAACAGAAUGCCAGCCAUUCAGUAGUCAUCUUUUAAAAAAAAUGUGAAUGGAAAAUUCUAGAAAAUAAAAUGAUCCAUAUUCUCCCUUUAAAGCAAAUUGAAGAUAGAAUGAAAAUUGUUACUCUUCUUUGACUUAGUAAAAGAUGCCUUCAAAUCUAAUAGGAUUUUUGCAAGUACUGCCCAUGUUCCUAAACAGCUGAGGGAAUGAAUUUAGGAAACUCAAAGGAACAAAUGCUAAUCCAUGGGUCAUCUUAAUGUUAGAAUCCCUAUUUAUCUUCCAGUCAUCCUUUAAAAUCUAGUGUUUCUCUCUGAGAUACUGCUUUAUACAUUAGCGCAUUAGUAUGAUGGCUAAAAACUUUGAAAAUCAUCAUUAAGUAAAUAUAUACAUAUAUAAAAUUAGAGUUAUUCAAAAUCUAAGUGUCAAACUUUUGCUUAAUUUCUGCUUCAAAUACCAUGAUGUAAGUAGAAACUUUAAGACUUCGGAUAAGACAUGUAAUUUGAGGCCUUGCUGGUCUCAUUAAAAGGAAGAAUGAUGUCUGUCAAUCCUUCACCCCAAAACGAACAAAUAACACUGAAGCAGGAAUCUGACCAAGUUUGGGUCUUCAUUUAUGAAUUCCCAGGCAUGAAAGUAGGAGUGCUGAGAGGCUGGGAGCUGGAAGCUGAGUCUGUAGGUAGGCAAGAGUAUCAGGAAGAUGGAGAGGGCAGUAGCUCGUAUGGGCAAGUGCUGGUGUUCAUAAUGCAGGCAUUCAGAAGAAGUGGAGCUAGGCAGGAUGUCCUGCAGCAGCACUAUUGUGGCGAUAGAAAACUGCAGUAGCACUAGGACAUCCUCUGGAAGAGCUCAAAUUCUAUUGCAUGUCACUCUUUCUACCAGUAAAAGCAAAUAACUUUCUGAAAGACAACUGCUCCAGGAUAGGACCCUUGAACUUUCAGAAAAUAACAAUAAAGAUCUCUAAACAUAUGAGAGACACUAACCUAUCUUAAGAGCCAAAAGAGAGAAGAAAUUUAGAUCACUCCUCCAAUCUCCAAUAGAGGGUGCAUGAAUUAAAAUUCAGAUGUGAAUGAUAGAAUAGCUAUAUAUAAAAUGUUUAUACUUCUUUUUUUUUUUUUUUUUAAUUUUUGACAGGCAGAGUGGACAGUGAG